AGAAAACAGCUAACCAGUUUCCUCUAAGGCUCAGGACCCCAUUCCAGAGCUGAGCUGCAGGCCAGACCCUGCUCCCUACUGCCAUGGCCAACAGGACCAACACAUCUGCCCCAUACUACAGCUAUGAAUACUAUCUGGACUACCUGGACCUCAUUCCUGUGGAUGAAAAGAAGCUGAAAGCCAACAAAUACGCCAUUGUGAUUGCCUUCUGGGUGAGCCUGGCUGCUUUUGUGAUUCUCCUGUUCCUCAUUCUGCUCUGCAUGUCCUGGUCAGGCUCCUGGCAGAUGAGGAACGGCCCGCAGCACCCAGAGUGCCGGCGGAGUCCUUGCCUCAGCCUUCCGUUCUGCCUCCGGAGGGCCUCGGAGGGGACUGCAGAAGGGAUUGCAGAGGGUCCAUCGGGUGGCACAGACGCAGACCAGUGGCUCUAGUAGGUACCCUCUGCCUCAAAGCCCCAGCUCUCCUCUGGGACAGCCCCAGGUGAGCAAGCAUGAUGCCCAAGUGCUGGAGACUGCCCUGGAGGACUGAUGCUGAACACCAGCCACGGCCGUGGGAACCAGUGACAGCAAGCAGUGUAGAUGCAUGUCACCGAUGGCCCCAUGUCAGAGGACAGUACAAGGACGUGCGAGCAUCACUCACAUGGGCCAAAGGCUUACAGAGGGACAGCUUCCUGGCCUUCCUAUGUAGCUUACUCAGCCUGCUCGCCGCUUCUGCCUGCCUUGGGAUGAGUAGGAAAAU